GCGUCGCUCACCUGCCGCGCACCUGUUGCUGCCAGGCUCCUCGCCGGCGCCGCUGCCAGUCUGAGACCUACCCCGCCGCCGAGCGGAGCUGCUGCCGCUGCCGACGACGCUACCGGCACCUGAGUGACCGCUUGUCGGUCAGUGACUGUUUGACCCCUCAUCAAGGUCAAGAUGCCUUGCUCGGCAGUGACCCUUUCGCUGGCGACUGUCGCCGGUGUGGUGGCUGUGGCUCUCCUCGGUAUUGCUUUUGGCACCGACAACUGGGUAUACAUCCGAGUGGACCGCGAUGCUAUACAGGCGGACAUGGCCAGUGGCGUCGGCUCGCUGUCUCCGGCCGACCAGGAGCGGUUCGAGACAGAGGCUAUCUACCGGUCCCGGACACAGGGACUGUUCCGCACCUGUUUCCCCGAGGGACGACCCAAAGGAGUGGACGUCUACCUGAGUCCCGUGGAGACCUACUGCACAAAUAUCGACUACUACAUCCCUGACGAGGACAAUCUCACCAAGACCUUCUCCGAGGAGCUGAUGGCACGGCUGCACAUGGCCCGCUCGAUGAUUGCUCUCUUCAUUGUGGCAUUCUUCUUCGUGUUCGUCGCCUUCUGGACUGGAGUGGUUGGAUGCUGGCGCCGCUCGGCGGCCAACGUUGGAACUACCGCCGCACUUAUGCUCUUUGCAUGCCUGUUCUCGGCGGGCUCGAUGGGUCUGUGGCACGGAGUGCAGUACUUUGAGCAGAAGAAACUGAACGAGGCUCCCUAUUACCGCAGCUGGCCCCCGCUGUUGCAGAGCCACACUAUCGCGGUGUUUGAUUGGUCGUACUUUAUCGCCUGGGUGGGCGUCGGCUGGGUGCUGGUUUCGGCUCUGCUGUUCGUUGGAGCCUCCGUCUGUAUCAAGAAGGAGAGCUACAACGAGAAGCGCAGAAACCUGCCCUACAUCAUGCCUGUGUACCCGACCAAAUCAUCGAGCGGUGGGUACGGACCCCAGUACGGGUACAACACGUACAACCACCCCGGUCCGUAUUACGGAUCCCAGUACGGAAACUACAACUACUAGACACCGACGCCAGCGCCGCGUGGGGAGCGCGGGAUGAAGCUGUAGUUGUUAAGCUAUCCGCUGAGGUUCACUGUCGCUAAGGGCGGUGUGAGGUUUGGAGCGGUCUUAUUGGCAGGCAAGCAGUUCAACAAUUUGCCAAUUGUAUUUUUACCUCUCGCGGCAACAGUACUUAAGUAGAUAUAUAGUUUUUCAGAGUUCUACCGGCAUUACGUCAAAAUUAUCUCUUAGUUAUGCAUCACAGACAGUUGUAUGAAAUGAUCGGUAGAAGUGAGGUGCCCCGUGCCCUGGUCCUCAACCCCCCUGAGCAGAUUCGUUUAUAUCGAAUCAAUGUAUGCCCUUCAUGAGCAGCUAAUGUAGUGGUUCCAAUGCUGGUCCACUAUUGGUGAGCGGACAUACAUUCCCCUCGUUUGUGUAAAUAGAUGUGUGUUCAUGGCUUGUACAUACCGUACUGAUGUGUUCGUUUUAAUACGGAUUAUCGGUUAGUGCAACGAACAAUGCGGUAAAUGUUGUGCCCCACGUGUAGUUCAUACACUGUUAUUCUGACUGUUUUGUACUAUAGUGUUGCUGCCUUUGUGCCUUCCGGCUUUGAUGAUAUUUAUUCUGUAAACGCUUUUUCACGCAUUCCUGUUUAUGUGUCUAAUUUAUUUUCAGUGUUUUGGUUUUACUUUUAGCUUGGAAACGCUGUAUGCCUUUGUUUCAACAGAUGUAUUUUAGUAGUUUAGAUAUCGGUUGUAAUUAAUUACCCACGAUGGGUAGUAAUUAUCAUUACCGAUUUGCAGGUUCAUCAACGAAUUCCCGAGUGUUUUGCAUUGUUGCAUAUUUUGUUGCGCCCUCGCAGCAGCCGGGGUCCUUAUCAGCCCGUCCGUCCAGAGUUUGAGGUUGUGUGAGUGAGAGGAUGAUAUUGCAACAUAAGGCACUAUGUUUUACCGGAGAGGACCGCAUUUUGGAGGUCAGUAAAGAGCAGUUUCUCGUCCACCUCUGCCGGAAAAUGGACCUUAUUGAAUGUGUGCAGUGUGAUGUUGACGUGCUUCCGAAUGCCAGUGUUGGGAAGAAUGAUUGCCAGUAAGGAUAGAUAAGGAUGCAUGUGUGAAUCUGUGAAUGACUCGUUUUACUCGAUGUGUGCUGAGGCGAAUCUUGAUUGGUUACUUGUCCGAGCUCAAAUGUGCGUUAUUUGGGACAAGGAAUAAUUUUUACGAUAGGUUUUCGAUAACGGUCCGAAUAAAAUAAGAAUGUGA